AUGCAGUUGUUGGAAAGGGUGAAGGAGGAAUCCCCUUUCAACAAUUUUUUUGAGAGAGAGCCAUUAGCGUUUUCAGGUGCUCUUAUCCAUCAGCUCUUCAUGCAUAAGAUAAAAUCAGAUAAAGAUGAUGAGGUGCAUUUUUAUAUUGCAAAGAAGAGAUGCCGAUUCGGCCGAACUGAGUUUGCCUUGGUGACUGGGCUUAAUUUGUUACGUGGACCGACUGAGGCUGAGGUUUCGGAGAGGGCGACGUCAAACCGUUUGAUAGUAGAAUAUUUUAAUGGGGAUCCAUCUAUCAGCAUUGGUCGUCUGCGCAGCGUCUUUGAGAGUUGCACUGAGAAGGAUGAUUGUUACAAGUUGGGUUUGGUGCUGUUCGUGAUGGGUGUUCUGACUGGGAAAGAAGAGAAGACCCUGGUUCCCCCAUUUAUCAUUAGAAUGGUUGAGGACCUCCCUUUUUUCUACAAUUACCCGUGGGGGAAAAUUUCUUUCAACUUGUUGAAAGAUACUUGGAGUAAGGACUUCGUACAAAAGAAAAAGCAUAUGGAUGAGAAGAUUGUGAAGGGAACGACUCAGAAGGAGUCAAAGUAUUCGGCCUAUGGAUAUGCUGUAGCAUUGCAGUAUUGGGCUUAUGAGUCCAUCCUCGAGCUUGCUAAGAAAUUUGCAAUCAGAAGAUCGCAUCGCUUUCCCCGAAUGGUGAACUGGGAGAGUAAGGAUGCCCCACUCGGGAAAGAGGAAGUCAUCAAAUUAUUUGCAAAAAAAUUGACAGUGUACUCCGUUUUAUGUCCGCGGAGUAAUGAGGCCGAGUUUUUGAGCCACGUCACUGGAGGUGAGGCGCCUCUAUUUGUGGAUAUGGAAGAAUUGGUUAUUGGCAAUGAUGGCCAGCCUACUCAGGAUAGUUUGCGCAGCCAAGCUUCAAAGCUUGCACUCACGCUAGAACAGCGAGCAGAGGAAGCUGGAAUCUUCAGAGAUGAUACACCACCACAUUCUCCACCAUCAGGGGCCCGUUCGUUCCACCGUCCGCCUCAAUGCCCGAUUCUCGCAUCUAUGCGCGGUCAGCAUCUAUUCCCAGCACCUCACAGCCUCAGAGAAGGCCCAGCGCAGAGGCAGAGCCACAGCCCGGACGCCGUGUCUCCAGGAGAUGAGUUCAUUCUUCCGAAUGAUUACAGACCUAAUGAUGUGGAAGAUGUACUCCAGACACCUUUGAACAUGUCGGUCACGUCCAUUGGAGAUACCCAAGAUUCAGAGGUUCAGGUUUUAGAGACCGUUCCAACACCGGUGGAGAAGAGAACGAAGAAAAGGCCAAGGUGGUUUGACGAGUACACCGAAAUGAAGAAGAAGAUGAAGCCAUCAACAACCAAUGUGAAUGUUGACCCACUUCGGCCCGUUGAUGAGAAGCUACUACAUAGUUUUCGAAAUUGGUUAGUGGGAACCAUCGGAAACAAGUAUCCGAGGGACGUCUUCACCGGUCUGUGUGGCGUGGCUUGGUUCUCGACCCUAAAUACAGACAAACUAUGGCUUUCUGAUGACGUAAGUUUAUUAACUAAGUAUUAUAUGUUGUUAUUUACUGCUUUUUACCGUUGUUAUUUGUUUUUUUUUUAA